AUCUUAUCGUUUCAAGUAGGCCUACAUGUUUUGUAAUCUUGAUUGCCAUAAAUCAAUUUACAUAUUAAAAAAUGUGCAUUAUCAUCAAACAAAGAUUCGAAGAAAGCAUUGCAAGAAACCUUCGUAGGCCAUCCAAUGAUUUGUAUGGAUUUAUUAUCAAACGCUUUUUAAUCACUCGCAAUGAACAGAAAAAUAGAAAAGUUAUCGAAUUGUUACAGCUACAGUCUCAUCACAAUAUUCUAGAAAUUGGCUUUGGGCCAGGGGAGGGACUUAAAUUAACUCUGGAUACUACUGGCCAUGGGAAUCCUUCUGGAAGAAUAUAUGGAGUUGAUUUUUCAUCAAGGAUGUGUGAGGAAGUUCAAAAGAGGUUUUGUGAUGAAAUAGACAAAGGUAGAAUGUCAAUUUUAAAUGAAGAUGUAUCAACAAUGUCUAUUCCAGAUAACACGAUUGAUAAAGUCUUCCACAUAAAUUCCCAUCUUUACUGGCCUGACAUUGAUAAAUCUUGUGCUGAAAUAUAUCGAGUAAUGAAAAGUUGUGGUAAUAUGGUAACAGUUGUCAACUUUGGAGCCAUAGAAUCAUCUAAAAGAAGUUCUACUAUUUUGAAAUAUGCUGUUAAUUCAACACCAGAGAUUUAUACCAAUGCACUUGUAAAUGCUGGAUUUGUUGAUAUUGAAAUGACAACUGUUGGAAUCCAGCGUGGACAUGAACUUAAAGCGAUAUUAUGCACCAAGCCAUAGAUCUGUCGAUGUUUGAUGCGUAAUUACAUUUCAUGACUUUUUGUACACGUGUAUCUAUGUUGCAUUUUCUAUCGUUUUUUUCAUUAUUAUUUCGACGUGAGCGUGUGUGUGUGUACUAGAAGGUGGUACUGGGUAUACUAUAAUAAAUAUUCAUAACAUCCAACUAAAUACAUGUGCAGCCACCACCCCUACAAGGUAAUUCGUUGUAACAAUACAAGGUAAUAGAAAGAGAGCUGAUAUUUAUGUUUUAACCGAAAAAAUCAAUACAAUUGAAAAUAAUAUUGUAAAUAUUUGAUCAUCAAAGUCAAUAUUCACUCAGUUACAUAUAUGUUCAAUUUAAUUUCGAUUACCUAAAUAAACUGCACUACGAUAAACACACAAAGAAAAUAGGAAAUCUUAGAAACGCGAAUUGUUAUAUAAAAACGCUGAAGAUCAAGACGCCAAUGUGUGAAAAAAUUCAACCCCAUAGCGGUACCUGUAAACUCUGGCAUUGCCUGAUUGUUGGUGUAUGCUGCGAAUAUUUUAUGAAUUAAAGAAGCUGAAGACGCAGGAGUUCAUGUCUCACUGCAAAUGCCAUAAAAUCGUUUUUCAAAAAUACAUACAUUAUCGGUAUUGCCAAUGAUGAUGUUACUUACAUGUAUUCUGCGUUAUUUUUCUUGCUGCAAUGCCUUCCUCUUUUUAAGGAAACGGUAGCUCAUAAUCUUUCUAGGUGAGCAUCGAUACCGCCAGUUUUUUAUCAUGUUUUAUUUAAAUGCAAAAGUAUAAUGAAGAAGUCGAAUCUUGCCUUCUGCCAUCUGUUGCAAAUUAAAAAUUCACGUGCUGAACGAAAGUCGAAGUGCACGCAAAAAAUUAAAUAUACUAUUCCGGUUGGCGAGUGGCGACAUUUUGACUCUCGCUUUAAAACAAUUUGACUCCUACACCAACGUCCGAGCCCAGAUUUCACUGAUUGAUGACAUGUCAGCAAAGUUAAGAGCAUAAUCCAACUUCGCAAUUUCAGUAUUAUGACGCACUUGCCUCUCACCUUCCCAUUGAAUUCCAUUGUUCUCAUGUUAUCAUAAUUUAUACCUGAAGAUAAAACGAUCACAGCAGCAUGUGUGUAUUGUUUGAACGAGUAAAAACUUCAUUAGCCUCUUCCCAUUACUAUUUUGCUUCGUGAGUAAAACACUACGAUAUACAUAAGCACACUGAUUUGUUCCAUGCACAUUUUGUAUUGGAUUUCAACCUGGAGCAUCGAGUUUCCCAUUAAAUGAACUUUCGGGAGUAGUUUAGAAACGCAUAGGUGUAACGUGGGCUUGGACACAAUGAAAUCGAGCUCUAUUUCAUUCCAAUGUAACCCCAGUGCCGAGAUACUUUUGUCAAUUGUGUUCUAUAUAAUUUCAUUUAUAUAACGUGGGCUUCAUAACAUGCUAAAUAUAGCACAAUUUGAGGUA